AUAAUUGUGAACAACACUACACAACACAUCAUUGAAUCUACAAAUUAGUGAUUGUUUUGAUUAGACUAUCACUGACUGUCACUCAAUGAAAGUGUCUUUAAAUUGGUUUAGUAUUUCAUUUAUUGUUAAAUAUUUGAUGUAUUGAGUGAUCAUUUCAAUGGAUCAGAUUAUCACUGAAACCAGUAUUAAGAUAUUUACCCUAAAUUGUUGGGGUCUCUGGAAAGUAGCCAAACAUAGGGAACAGCGAAUCAAUAUAAUAGCCAACCAUUUGGCUAAUCAUGACUACGAUAUCGUUUUCCUACAAGAAGUUUGGGUGCAAUCAGACUUCGAGCAGAUCUGGAAAGCGACUGAAUCUAAGUUCAAAUUUGCACAUAUGUUCAAAAACGGCAGUGUUUUAGGCAAUAGUGGUUUAGCAAUUUUAGUCAAAUGGGUGCCAAAAGUUUUUCAUUUCCACCCGUUUUCAGUGAAUGGCUCUCCAUUUCAAGUAACACACGGAGAUUGGUAUACAUCCAAAGGUAUUGGAUACGUUCGCAUUGAAUUGGAUUCACUGAAUCUACAUUUAUUUUGUACUCAUAUGCACGCUCAAUAUGAUGAAGAGGAGAAGCUUAAUGAUCAAUAUUCAGUACAUCGGAUCUGUCAGUCCUUUGAAAUGUCAAAAUUUAUUAAAUCGAUGACUAAUUGUCGAUCAAAUGCUAAGGACUUUAUUAUUCUUGCCGGAGAUAUGAACACAUCAUCUAAAGAACUGCCUUAUCGUUUGUUAGUUGAUUUACUUGAAUUAAAAGAUUGUUUUAAAUUCCGAACAAAAACAAUGGCCGACAAUGUCUUUGCUGCCGCUGGAGAUUCUUUGACCAACGAUUAUACCGAUUCCGAGAUGUCUGACGAUGAGUUCCAUACGUGUGGACAUCGAGAUAAUACAUACACAGAAAAGAAUACAAAUGGAAAAAGAAUUGACUUUAUUUUAUAUCGAUUAACUGAUUCCGUGUACAACAAAAAUAAUGAGUUAAUCUCUGAAUCACAUUUCGAGCCUUUUGGCAAAUAUUUCUGUGUUGAACAUCAUAUGGUUCACUCUAAAGACGAAUCGGGAAUGUCUUUUAGUGACCACCAACCAGUUGUGGCACAAUUCACUAUAAGAUUAACUGACAUAUCUUCUGAUUUGAAGUCAAACUCAAAUACCAAUACAGUUAACGAAAAUCAUUGCAAUGGAAAUAAUACCCACAACGGAGUUAAUGGUAAUAAUGGCAAUUGUAUGGCAAAGGGUGGCGGUUGUGUUCAGUAUAGGAAAGUGCAUGAAAGGAGGGGUUCGGGAGGAAUGGGUGAUCAGAGUCACACAUAUAAGGAGAUGGAUAGUUCCGAUGUUAAAGGAUUAUUAUCCUGCAAAUCGAAACUUAAAUCCAAUAUUUUGUUAGAAACGGCAACAAAGAUGGUCAAGAAUGGUCCUCUUCAGCUCAAACACAUUGCUUCCAAUGCCAUCCGAUCGAAAUAUGGCAUCAAUAGUGGUAAACGGCUGACUCUUGAACGUGUUAGACAUCAACUGGACGUUUAUGUGGCCGAUAAUCAAUUAACUCUCAAAUCAUUUGUAUAUUUAUUUCUGCUUUUUCUCCUUUUCUUAUGUUUUUUCAUUUGGAUUAUUACAAUGGCUGUUAACGUAUCAAUUCUUGAGGCAUCACUUCUUAUAUUAUUGCUAUCAGUCUUUGCUUUUGUCUGUUUAUUCUUCAAAUUUUUAGCCUCACGUCAGGAGAAGAAUGCUAUUAAAGCCAUUAUUAAUGAUAUCGACAAAGAGAUACUUUUAUAUAAUUAAGUAAUUUUGUUUAAUACUAAUUUCAACUAAUUUAAUACA